AGCUCCUUCACCUCUGCAAUUUUAUCAUCAUCUAAUUUUGGUCUUAUAGACAGUCUGCACAGACCUCAUCAGAUCAAAUACUUGAGAAAUUUGGACCUUUGAUGAGCUGCUUUCCCUGCUUGAUUAUUUAUUUAUUGCUCCUUCUCCAUAGAAGUAAUUAGUUCUUUCGGCUUGGCCUUAAGUUGUACUUUUGUUCGCAUAUAGUUCUUAUGUGCUACUGGAUAUUUGAUUCUAAUCAUUGGACGAAGCCAUGGCAGAUAUUAUUGCUAUGUUUGGCAGAUGGGCGAAGUCAGGGUUAUUGGCUCUUUUAGAUGGAUCUUCAUCUUCAUCUUCAUCAGCGGAACCUACACGAGGAGGCAAUGCUUUAGAUGAGUUCCAAAGGAUAAUGAGAAUGCUGCCGAGGAUCAAAGCAGUGCUUGAAGAUGCGGAGGAAAGGGAGAUACAAGACAGAUCUGUGAAGUUAUGGCUUUCAGAGCUCAGGUGCUUGGCUUAUGACAUUGAUGAUGUAAUCGAUGAGUAUGAGUAUGAUGUCCAGGCAGCCCAGAUGGAAGCCAGAGCUGCAGAAGAGUCCUACCACCGUGGAAAGCGCAAGCAAGGAGAUGAUGAACAAUAUGAUCAAGAUGAACAUGUGCAAGGUAGUAAUACAUUAGCAUCCUCAUCUUCUCAAGUUCCAGCAAUUUCUGAUUGCAUGGUUGAGAAGCUAAGGGAGAUUCAGAAAAUAUUCGAUGAGAUUGAAAGGGAUCGAAAGGGACUCUAUUUAAGAGAAGAUGAUGGCGUGAGGCGAACUGUUAGUGUUCAAAAUUAUCGACUUACCAGCUCUCUUGUCGAUGAAUCAAAUAUAAUCGGGAGAAAGAGAGAGAAAGAGAAGAUAGUGAAGUUAUUGCUCUCAGAUUUACAAGUGAGCAAUAAAAUUACAGUUAUCCCAGUAGUUGGCAUGGGGGGUGUGGGGAAGACAACGCUUGCCCAACUCAUUUAUAACGAUCCUAGAAUUUGUCAGUAUUUUGAUCUCCGUAUAUGGAUCUAUGUUUCUGAGGAUUUUGAUCUUGUGAAAUUAACCAAAGAGAUAUACAGAUCCACAACUAACAAAUCAUGUGAGGAGGACGUUGGAUUCGAGAUAAGUGGAUGA